AUCGUCGUCGUCGCCGUCGUCGUCGACUGGAGUUUUCCUGUUUUCCUGAGAGUGCUAAAUCAGUUGGCAGCGAAGUGGAAAAGGUUGGAAAAUACGGCCGACGGUUGUGUGAACGCUAGCCCGCAAAGGUUACAUCGGGAUCGGGUCGUCCGGAGGCUCAUUUCGAGGCGACUGCAGGUCGCAUUGAUCGACGGUCAGCAAAAAGAGAGAUUCGCAAUCCCCAAACGCAGCCCUUGUCGAAUGUUGGGUUGCCGUAGGGGAGAGUGCGCGGUGUGGUGGUGCUGUGCAGUGGAAAGGUGAAAAGUGUUUCCCUUUUUGUGCACCACUCCGUCUGCUCCGCUCUUGUCUCAGCAGGAGGAAAGGAUAGCAAAAGGGGCGUUGGCGGUGGUGGCUCGCGGGGUGGAGGAGCGAGGUGGCGAUGCACAUACGACAAUAAACCCGUCCAGCCGUUCGGGAAUGGCAAUGGCAGGCGGAAGCGAAGCAUUUGAUUAGGGUUCCACCGUUUGCUUCUGGGCUUUCUGGGGAUGCCAGUGCUUAUGACCCAACAUACACUGCACGGUUCAAUACAUCCGAGUGGUGUGGCGUGCGUAGGAGCAUAAAUAAGUGCUGUGCGUGCGAGCGUGCGUGUUUGUUUUCCUGCCACCGAUUGUGCGUGUGGGUUUGUGUGUGUGUGACUUUGUGUGUUCGUGCGUGCGCGCGCGUGUUGUGUUUUGGAAAAAGUCGAAAAAAAAAAAGGAUGAAAUAUCUAUGUGUCCCUUGGAUGCACUGACACAGGGUCGCGGAGGCAAGAGCUUGAGGAGAACGAAGGAUCCUAAAACCAGAAGCACCAAUUGGUGUUGAUGGUGAAGGCGCGGAAGGAGGUACAAGAAAACGAAGAGGAGGUGUGAAUGUGACGGAAAACAGAAACUUUCCCCCCGAAGCAGAAGAAGAAGAAGAAGACCCUUUUCGGUAGAAGCGAGGCGCCUUUCGAGAGGAGAUCGAACAUCAUCAAUCGACACGCGACAAUGGUUGCUACUCAAACAGUGGAAAUGUAAACAUGGCCGAUUGAUACUAAACACAAAUCACCGCCGUGUCGAAAGCAGCAGAGGCAACCAGCCUUUCCAAGGGGAAAAAGAGCUACAUUCCUUUACAUACGCCAGCCAGCCAGCACGAGAGGUUCUAUCGUCCGUAACCAAUAACGAUAAUCAUCGAAGAAGCGGUACCUCGGGACGCUGCGGCAAUUCUUUUUGGCUGGAAAAAGAGUGCUAGCAUUUGAUUGCACCGUUCGAGAAGAGUUUUGAUCGUCGUGGGCGAGCAUAUUUCGCAACCCUUUAUCAUUUGGGCUGUGUGUGCUGGUGUGUGAGUGUGUUUCCAUAUCGUGACAAAAAGGACAUCAAAUCCGACGUUUGCCAACGAUUUCAAUCGAGGCACAUUCGGACGAUCGUGGUGCUUGUGGAUAGUUCCAUGGUUCAUCGUUUGGUACAAUCCAAGCACGGGCGAACCGAGUAAACUGCCGGUUUUGUGUUGGCCGUGUAGCAGCAAUCCGUCCGCAAUAUGGCCUGCUGAGAGUAAAUUAAACUACAGAUCCAGAGGGCAAAACAGCUCGAAACGGUAGCCGCACAUGCAAACGCGAAUCGAUAAGGGAUAUCAUCAUAUUAUAAUAAUAGCAAUCGUGCCACCAACAACGCCAACCGACAAAUAAACGGAGCGAGCGCGAGAGAAAACGAAAAUAUUUAAGUAAAAAUGUUCGCACAAUUGCAUUCAGUACUGCCACCUCGCGCUGUCACCGACGCCGUUGCUGGACAAUGAAUCCCGGCCUAUGGGGAUGCCUGAUACCCUGUGGACUGUCAUAUUGGUGCGAGAGUAAGAGUGGCAGUGAUCCAUGCGUUACGACGGAGAUGGGUGCAACAGCGUCAACGGACUGUCCCGGCUCUAGUGGUAGUGGAGGAGGCAGCGGAGGAAGCGGUGGUGCCGGGGGCGUCGGAGCAAGCGGUGGGAUGUCGGGGAUCACAUCGACGGGUAUCACCACGACACCGCUAACUUCGGCCGGUGGCCUCGGCUAUGGUCCGAUGUGUGGUCCGGGCAGUGGGGCAGGAGGAGGAGGAAGCGGUUCUGGUGGCGGUCCGGGGGCGGUGGUGCGUGAGCGACGCAAGAAGGUGACCGGAUUCGCGACGCUCAAGAAGAAACUGAUCCGACGACGGCGAUCGUCGAAAGCCUGUGAUCAUGGGCGCGUGUUGCGCGAGUUCGUGUCCAGCUGGAGCCCGAUGGAGCUGUCGGCGCUGUUGGAAGAGUAUGAGUCGUUGGCCGCACUGAAGGACCUCUCGGUGCAGGCGGAACUGGCCCGGCCGCCAGCCACCACCUUCAAGCAGGACCUUGCCAGCCUGUACGAUUUCCGGCACUGCACCGACUGCGAUCUGGUGUUCCGUGGGACCGUCUUCCCGGUGCACCGCGCAAUCCUGUCCGCGCGCUGCUCGUACUUCCGCGAUCUUCUUGCGGGCUGCCCGGGGUAUGGGGCGCGCAUCUGUCUGGAGCUGCGCUCUUCGCCGGUGGACGUUGCGAUGUUUUCUUCGCUCCUACGUUACCUCUACACGGGCGACCUGUGCACGCACGACCCAACCAUCGACGUUAGUUUGCUGCGCAGGCUGGGGGAGGACUUCGGGACACCAAACCCGCUAGAGAACGAUCUGCGCUAUCUGCUGGAAACGGGUGACUACGCGGACGCGGCCAUCGUUUUCACCUCCGAGGGUGGCGAUUACCAUCGGCCCGACUCGGGCAGCUCAGAGUACGGCUUUCGACCGAAGCUGGAGCUCCCGUGCCACAAAGCGAUUUUGAGCGCACGAUCGCCGUUCUUCAAGAACAUGAUCCAACGGCGGACGCGCAACAUCUCCGAGGAGCAUCAGCUGCACGGCACCGACCGGUCUCUGCACGCUACCACACGUAUCGUGUUGGACGAGGGCGUCAUUCCGAAGCGCUACGCCCGGGUGCUGCUGCACGCCAUCUACCUGGACACGGUGGACCUUUCGUUGAUUCUCCGUGGCAACGGUUGUGGCAGUGGCGCAGGCAGCUUGGGUGAGGUGCAGGCCCUGACGCAUACCGGCAGGGCACGUCCAUCACCGCUUGAGGAAGCGAUGGAGCUGUAUCAGAUUGGACGCUUCCUGGAGCUGGACAUACUGGCGCAGGGCUGUGAGGACCUGAUUCUGGAGUGGCUGUCGCUCGACACACUCGCGACGGUGCUACGCUGGGGCAGCCAGCCGCACGGAUCGGCCUGGGUGUACCGGCAGGCGUGUCACUAUCUGCGCGAGGAGUUCUCGGCCAUCGUUGGCUCGCCGGUGCUGUUUCAGCUCGACAAAUCGCAACUCAUCGAGGCCCUGCAGAACAAUUUCUUACAAGCGUCCGAGCUGGAGGUGCUGCAGGCGGUGCUCAAGUGGGGCGAGCAAGAACUUAUCCGCCGGAUGGAGGACCGGGAACCGAACUUGCUUAGCCACACGGCCCACUCGGUCACGAGGAAGGGUAUCAAGAAGCGCGAUCUGAGUGACGUGGAGCUGCGCGAGAUUUUGUCCGAGUUGUUGCCGCACGUGCGCAUGGACCACGUGCUGCCGCCGAACAACGAAAUCCUCAAUCAGGCCAUCCGGCGCGGGCUAGUCAGCACGCCACCGUCGCACAUGAUCGGGGACGAGCGGGAAAGCUUGCGGAUUAACGCAUGGAUUCGCGGGGGCAAAAACCACGGGCUGUUCGUACGGCCCCGACUUUUCAUGCCGUACUACGAGGAGGUGAAGGCGCUGUUGGAAGAUCACAUUGCGUCGCAGCAGAUCGAGCUGCUGCGAAUGCGCCGUUCGCGCCAUCACAUGCCCGACAUUCCCGAUACGCUGUACAUGGUUUCGCGGUUGAACAGCAACGCUGGCACGACACUGGGCGGUGGGUCGGCCACCGGGGUCGAUGUGGUCGCGGCGGCGACGGCCGCACCCAUCCCUGCUCCGGAUGCACAAACGAUGGAAUCGAUGCAGAAGCGCGAGCAAAAGCUGCGUCAAGCACCCGGCUGCCAGCGUGCCCUCGGACUGCCCCUUUCAAGCCGUAGCGAAAUCAACCGACAGAUUCGUCUGCGAGUGGUCAGGGAGUUCAACUUUCCGGACGAGGUAGCCGAGCUGCUGGAGAACGCCAAUUGUUACUGUCUAGAUGGUGGAGGUGAUUCGGUCGGCGGGGCAAACAAAGCACCGCAGGACUACGAUCACGAUCAUCACCAUCACGAUCGACAUCACCAUCAUCAUGGCAGUCAUGGGCAUCAUGGGCAUCACGGUAACCAUCGACAUGCCAGCCAGCAGUCGCUAGACGACGACUCUACGCCACCUCCCUCACCGGCCAUGCCCGGCAGUGGCGAUCUCGGAGCAACGGCUCAACAACAGCAACAGCAGCAGGCCCAUUGCUUUGGCCGCAACAUGACAUUCCCACGACAACAGGCGCAACAGCAGCAACAACAGCAACCGCAGCAGCAGCAAUAUCCUUCCCAACAGCAACAAUCGGGACACCAUUCCCAGCGUCCUCCGCUGCAGCAUCCACUUCUAGCGCAUGGCGGUAGUAGCGGAAGCACUGCCGGUGGUCUACAUGCUUCACUGAACAACCCCCUCGGGUUGCUUGGUGCGCACCGACGGCAAGAGCUGCCCUCCGUUAUCCCCGGAGGAGACAUCGUCGCCUACAGAUUGUCGGCACCGGUCGGUGGAGGUGCGGUUGGCCCCCCCGGUGGCAUCGGUGGUGGUGGACUGGAUCUGGGCGAAAUCGGAGCCUGCUCGGAUGGGCACCUUUCGGAUGUGAUGCCUGACGUCGCGAUGGCAACGGCUUCGCUCGGUCAACUGCACUUGGGAGGCGGUGGUGGUGGUGGCGGCGGUGGAGGAAAUGCUUCCGCCGGGAAUGUCGGCAACGGGUCGGAUAUGCCGGAAAGUCUCCAUCUCGAUUUGGGCGAUGGUCCAAGCCAUAUGAUCGGCGCAGCGGCAGCUAUCGGUGGAUUGCAUCACAAUAUUCCGCACCACCGGAUGGGUCCUUCGACAUCGUCCACGAGCACGUUCCAUCACUACAUGACGCGAAACCUUCUGAACCCGCUGCACGGUUCCACUGCUCAACCAUCGACGUCUCAAUCGCAGCAGCAGCAGCAAGCGCACCAGUCCGCCAUGCAACCGUCGGCCUCCUCAUCGUCCUCGUCCUCGUCGAUGCUGCUCGGUGCUCACUCAGCUUCAUCGCAGCUGCACGGUUCUCAGGCGUCGCUUUCGCACGGUAGCCAGCAGCAUCUCGCCGGAUCCCAGCAGCUACUGAAUGUGGCACCGGCAUCCUCCCAACAGCAGCCGCCAUCGCAACCAUCGCAGCAGCAGCAAUCGCUUGCCCAGCGAUCGUCCUCGCCGUAUACGCUGCACCGUGCUAGCCCCGGCCUGCCGCAUAGUUCAUAUCACUCUGGACCACCGCGCUUCUUAUAGAGAAGGUUGCAAGUAUUUCCCGAUCGGAGUUGCCUCUUCGUAAUGCCUUUCUGAAAUAGACAAAAACACAAAGAAGAAAAAGAAAAAAACGGUCACAAACAAACACACGCUCUUACAAAUUGCAAGGCUGCGUGAAGUGAAGAAAGGUUGUCGAUGCGUGAUUUGAGCUGUUGCAUACACUGUGCGCGUGCAUACGAAGCAAACACUUCAAAGCUGCUGAUGUUGUACAUGAUGUUGUUUUCCCUCGGCAAGCGCGGGAACGAAGGAACAAAUAAUAAUGAUAAUACUAAUAACAUUAAUAACACUAUUAAUAAUUUGCGGCACAGUACGAUAUUAUAUGGAAACAAUUUGAAUUAGUUAAAGCGAAACACUAUGAUAAUAUGGAUACUGUAAUGAUAAUAAUCAAGUACCCUCCACCCCGGGGAAAACCGGCAGAACAACACCUACAAAUACCUACACACACAUAAAUUCUCGAUGGUUAUCCUCUCAAAUCGAUGGGCACAGGCCAUAUGAGGGUGCAGAAAUGGUCGAUAGUCGUUGCGGAAACCAUUUGGCGUGUUUUUUGGUUGAAGUAGCAACAAGCGACUUUAUAGUAAUGGUGAAAUUAAAUGACACUUACAAUUAUCUACUAAUAUUAACAAUAUCUCUAAUGGCAGCAACGUUUGAAGCAACUCACGCUCUCGCGCUGAUUGUGUAAACUGUCGGGAAGGCAUCAAACAACGGAACGUCCCGUUGUGGGCAUGGAUUCCGCUAGAGCUUCCAGGGUGUUGUGCGAAACGGUAACAAAUAUUAUCCAUUUCCAGUGGAUCGCAUCAAACACUGGUUCAUGUGUGUUCGCUCCGGCGAUGGGCGAAUCUAGCUGCGACACUACUACUGGUGCCAUCCCGAAAGGCAACGAUUUGAGCAGUGCAUUGUGUCGCCGCCACAGGUAUUUCAAGCCACAGACACGAAAACCAUUACUCUAAUUAUGCUAUCCACGAACGUAUUAAAAGUGGCCUCUCUCGGCCAAUAUGAUACGAGACACGUGCGAUGAUGUGAUCGACGUAGAUUACUUAUUGGUUAAUGAAAGUGCAGCUCUUAUGGACUAUACUUUUCGUUUUAUUCGAUACUCUACCACGCUAAAGCUACUACAGGCAGUGCCUCUUUUUUAUCCUAUUAUAUUUGAUUAUCGGGAGCGUUUUUUUUACUACUGAGCGAUCAGCCAGAAAGUGGUGUAGAAAUUAAGCCAUUAUUUAUUUAUCUUUUUAUUAAAGAUAUUGCAACAGUUAAGUUUAGGGUUAUUAAUUUGUCUCAUUAUGCUAAAGAUGCACGAACAAGUUUGUUAUAUCGGAAGAGUUUUUUUUUAAAUGGACUAUGACAUUAAUGUAUUUCUGUUUUUGAAAUUUGUUUGGUUCUAUAUUCAUGAUAUUAAUUUAUUGAUUCGUCAACUGCUGGGGGGCUAGUUUGACCGCAUGAUCGAGUAGAAAAUAAUUUCCAGAAGCAAUCAUUUAUGUUCCUUACGCAUAAAAGGGAUAGAAUCUGUAAAAAAGAAUUUAAAAUGGGGAACGCAAAAAAAAACUAUUGAAUUACAAACGAAAUAUACUUUAGAUGUACCCCUAGAUAAACAAGAUGCGAGCGGUUCGGUUUCCAUUUUCCUAUACUGGAAGGAAAAUAAACUUGUACAAUGCAGUUCAAGUGUGUCAAGACAAACAAACAUUAACUGUAAAUAUAAAAUAAAACAAUUUCAAAUUUUUGAUUGUAAGAUCCGCGCUAAGGUAAACCGUUUAUAAAAUAUAUCCCAUUCAAAAGCAAAAACAAUAGUCACAACGAUAACAGAGUCAAAAUCACAAAAAAAAACCUAGACAAGGAAGAAUCGUUUCGUAAACUCCAUCAAUAACUGACGAAUGAAGUAACCCGCUAACGGAGUGAAAUAUGUUUGUUCCCGUAGAAGCACACCUUACUCACGUUACUACUACAGAAUGCAAUCCAUUAAUAAAAUGAAAAAUACAGAUAAAAUACAUUGUUCAAUGAAUGCUGCCAAUUCACUUGACACCUUAUUAUGGAGAAGAUAUUACUGAAACGAAUCACAAGAUAAGAAUACAAUAAACAUGGACGAGAUAUGGUACCAACAAUAAUAGGAUCUACGAAGGAUAUGGGGAAAAACGAUGACUUGACGCCCAUCCUCAAGUUAAUUCGAGAGAGUUAGGGUUUUAAAUUCUUCAAAGAAAGUAAGAUUCCAACGACAACAGUUGUGCCGCUGCAUGGGGAAAAAGCGCUGCAUUUUAAUUUACUCGAAACUAAAGUGGAAGUAUGAAUAUUUUCUUACAGCUGUAUGGAGAGCAUGAAACGACAAGCGUUAGAAGGUUGUUUGAGUUGGUACAAAAUAAGAAAUAAAAAGAAAUCAAGCAAAAACGGUAGGAAAUGAACGGACCAAUUGUAACUCGGUACAAACGGUCGAUUGCGAAAUGGAAAGCCGACGGCAAGCAGUACCCAUUUAGAUAAAUCGAAUCAAGUAGAUGAUAUCUGCAGUAUUUCCCAGUUCCCCCGUCGCCCUUAUCCCUCUCUACAGUACCGGAAAUGGAGUUGAUACUUCGCCAUCGCCAUGAGUCGGAUAAUGUGUAUCUUGUAUGGAAAAGAACAAACAAACAAAUUAAAAUAACUUUAAACUAUUCAAAAGAAUUGCUAACAUGAGCGAGGUAGCUAUGGGAGUCGACGAGGAGAAACACGAUACGAGAUGCAAGAAGUAUCCGCAUUCUUUCUCUGUGCGGAAGAUAUUGUGAAAUUAUCAAACAACAGAGAAACAAAUAAUGGAAAUGGAUCAUUGCGCGAAUGCAAACCGUGGAAAGCACGAUUAUGAAACCCAACAAAGUAAGAGUAAUGAA